GGAGCAGAGGCAGAAAAGCGGCAGGGAGCUGCCAGCAUCGUCUCAUACCGUCGCUGGACAGAAAGGUGUGAAAAUGCUGGUCAUCUAGACAGCCUAGAGAUAAUAUACGGAGACGGCAUUGUUUUGAUAAUACUUUAACACUCUGAAAAUGCUCCGUGUCAGCGGAGAUAUGGAGACACCGGGGAGGAUAGUAGCUACGCCGGACGCCCUGGACUUUACCGUGGAAAAUGUAGAGAAGGCCCUCCACCAGUUGUACUAUGAUCCCAAUAUAGAAAACAAGAAUCUUGCCCAGAAAUGGCUAAUGCAGGCUCAGGUCUCACCUCAGGCCUGGCAGUUUUGCUGGGCUCUGCUGAGCCCAGAUAAGGUGCCAGAGAUCCAGUACUUUGGUGCUAGCGCGCUUCACACCAAAAUCUCUCGCUACUGGUCAGACAUCCCCACAGACCAGUAUGAGUCUCUGAAGACCCAGCUGUUCUCCCAGAUUGCUUGCUUUUCUUCCGGCUCCAAGAUGGUGCUCACCCGACUAUGUGUGGCCCUGGCCUCUCUGGCACUCAACACAAUGCCUGAGGCCUGGCCUGGCGCAGUGGCAGAGAUGGUGCGGGUGUUCCAAGAGGAGGGGGGAGGGGUGGACGGGCGGGCACGCUGUUUGGCAUUGCUGGAACUGCUCACCGUCCUGCCUGAGGAGUUCCAAACCAGCCGCCUGCCACAGUACCGAAAAGGACAGGUUAGGGGAGCCCUGGGCCGUGAGUGGGGGUCAGUGUGUCCCUUACUGCAGCAACUGCUGCGACGGACGGACAGCCCAGGGGCAGUAAAAGCUCGCGUGCUGCGCUGCCUGUCAUCCUGGGUGCUUCUGGAUGUGCCCCUGAGUGAAAGUGAAGGCCUGGUACACGACUGCUUCAGCGCCCUGCCUGACCCAGAGCUCUUUGACACAGCGGUAGAGGCGAUAGUCAACGCCAUCUCACAGCCUGACUCCCAAAGAUAUGUGAACACUUUGCUGAAACUGGUACCUCAAGUGCUGGCCCUCCAGGAACAGCUCAGAGAGGCUGUUCAGAAUGGAGACAUGGAGACCUGCCAUGGUAUCUGCCGUAUUGCCGUUACACUGGGAGAAAAUCACUCCAGGACUCUGUUGGAGCAGGUGGAUCACUGGCAGAGUUUCUUGGCUUUAGUCAACAUGAUCAUGUUUUGUACAGGCAUCCCCGGCCACUACCCAGUCAAUGAGACCACCAGCUCGCUCACACUCACCUUCUGGUAUACUCUACAAGAUGAAAUAAUGUCAUUUGAGUCGGAUAAGCAGGUAGUGUAUCUGCAGGUCUACAGGCCCGUCUAUUUCCAGCUCGUGGAUGUUCUGCUGCACAAAGCCCAGUUCCCCUCCGACCAGGAGUACGCAUCCUGGUCUUCAGAUGAGAAAGAGCAAUUCAGGAUCUAUAGGGUGGAUAUCUCAGACACACUCAUGUACGUGUAUGAGAUGCUGGGAGCAGAGCUACUGAGUAACCUCUAUGAUAAACUUGGGAGACUGUUGACUAAUGCAGAGCAGCCAACAUCAUGGCAGCACACAGAGGCCUUACUAUAUGGCUUCCAGUCCAUAGCAGAGACGAUAGAUGUGAAUUACUCUGACGUCAUCCCAGGCCUGAUAGGACUCAUUCCCAGAAUCAGCAUCAACAACGUCCAACUAGCAGACACAGUAAUGUUCACUAUAGGUGCUUUGGCUGAAUGGCUGGCAGACCACCCAGUGAUGCUCAGCAGUGUCUUGCCUUUGGUGCUCCAGGCUUUGGGGAACCCGGACCUUUCUGUUUCUUCUGUCUCUACACUCAAGAAAAUUUGUAGGGAGUGCAAAUACGACCUACCACCCUACGCAACCAACAUAGUAGCUGUGUCUCAGGAGGUGCUUAUAAAGCAGAUCCACAAGACGAGUCAGUGUAUGUGGCUGAUGCAGGCUCUUGGUUUCCUACUCUCCGCUCUCCCCGUGGAAGACAUCUUAAGAAAUCUUCACUCUCUAAUCACUCCCUACAUUCAGCAAUUGGAGAAGCUUGCAGAUGAGACGCCUAAUCCCUCCAAUAAGUUAGCAAUCAUCCACAUUUUGGGGCUGCUGUCCAACCUGUUCACUACACUCGACAUCAGCAAGCAGGACGACGAUUCAGCGGACAGCUCAGCGCCGCCUGUCAAAACAGCUCCACCUGCACCUGGACCAAACCCUGUGGUGGUGGUUUUGCAGCAAGUGUUUGCCCUCAUACAGACUGUGCUCAGUAAGUGGCUCAACGACUCGCAGGUUGUAGAGGCUGUGUGUGCCAUCUUUGAGAAAUCGGUGAAGACUCUGCUCCAUGACUUUGCUCCCAUGGUGUCUCAGCUAAGUGAGAUGCUUGGUCAGAUGUACAGUACAAUUCCCCAGGCCUCAGCCCUUGAUCUCACACGACAGAUGGUGCAUAUCUUUGCCAGUGAGACAGACCACUUCCCACCCAUCAAGGCGCUGUUUGAGUUGGUUACCUCGGUAACACUGUCCAUCUUCCAGCAAGGACCCAGGGAUCAUCCUGAUAUUGUUGAUUCAUUUAUGCAACUCCAAGCUCAGGCCCUCAAACGGAAGCCCGAUUUGUACUUGUCUGAGAGUCUUGACGUGAAAGCAGUGUUCCACUGUGGAGUUCUGUCACUCAAGUUUCCUGAGGCUCCAACAGUCAAGUCAACGUGCUUGUUCUUUACUGAGCUGUUACCCCACUGCUCAGAUGUGCCUCCAUUGGCCAGAGUGGUGGAGGAGGAUGGCAAGCUGUUGAUCCAGGCCGUGCUGGAGGGAAUCGGGGGUGGGGCAUCUCGGAGCCUGAUGGACCAGUUUGCAGAAGUGCUUUUCAGUCUGAACAAGCACUGCUUUUCUCUCCUCGCUAUGUGGUUGAAGGAGGCGCUGCAGCCUCCUGGGUUCCCAUCAUCGAGGGUCACAAGUGAACAGAAAGACAACUUCUCACAUCAGAUACUCAGAGAACGAGUGAACAAGAGGAGGGUGAAGGACAUAGUGAAGGAAUUCACACUACUGUGCAGAGGGCUCCAUGGUACAGAGUACGCCGCUGAAUACUGAAACUCUACUCUUGAACUCUCACCUAACCGUGACCUCUGCCCUCAGCGCAAAACAGCUGGAUGCCACAACAAUACAGUUCUCACAAACGCCAUCAGUGAAGAUAUCAUGAAAUGAUUGUAAUGAUAGCCCGCCCUGCCGCAGGACAAGACAUGGAGCAAUUCCAGAACAAACCUGCCAUCGACAAACAUUAAAUCCCCGGUGGCUUUACGGAGGCCGUCCUCUCUGCUUCGAAUAUUUUUCUGUUGUAGGGUUGAUUGUUUCUCUCUCCCUCCUCUCUCCUCUUAUUUAAAGGUCUUUUCUUUGGAAGAGCUAUGAGCAGCACUCCGAGCAUGCUGCGUCACGCCUCCUGCAAUCUCUGUCUUGUUCUGCCUUUCUAGAUCUUCCCGUGGUUCCUAGGCUGUUUCCUGGUGAUUAGCAUCAAUAUGAAAUGGUAGUGGUAUUGUACGUAGCUACUUGACAUUAUUUUUCAAAAUAAAUUAAUUAUAUAAAUGUAUAUGUAUACACAUAUAGUAAAACGGUGGUUGUCAGUCCUGCUGCUGCUAAUGGGAAGAGAGGGUCACCAAUGUCAGGAGGGGAUUCUGCAGGAAAAAUAACAUUAAUACUACUAUAUUUACUCCCAGUCAUGCCCCUGUGAUCUCCACAUUUGCCAAAUUUUGUGAAUUUGUCCUUUUUACGUUAUUAUAUAUGCCUUUUGAGGGGGGUAUGAGUGGAGAAAGAAAACCACAUAACUGGACUUAAAAGAGUCGCGCUCUCUUGCCCAGCCGUCUGUGUACAGGGCCGUACCUCAUGUACAUACAGUCCACCCAGUCGUACUGCAGUCUCCUUGGUUUAGUAAGGAGUGCUUUUUAUGCAUUGGUCCCUUAAGUAAAGCAGGGCUGCCUGAAGUGAAGACUUGAGGGGAAAAAGGAAUUAUAGUACCUGGCAGUGUGGAAGAGGCACAUGAAGCAAAGUGAGAGGAGAACUGAGGGUUUGGAGGGAUGGGAUUAAUAGUCCCGACAAUGGACUGUUUAGUCGAUGUAAUCGUGCAAAAAUAUUAAUCAAGUUGUGCAUAUUAACAGUUAUUGCUGAACACUUCUGUGUAUUUGAGUGUGUGCGUGUGGUCAUACCUGUACGUAUGAGAGGUUGUGUGCGCACAGAUGUAUCUUUUUCCACUUGUUCGGUGCACUUAUAUUGGACCUACAGUACACAUGCAUAACUUCCUCCUGUCUUUUAAACAAAGAGCCCAUUCAUUUUUUUGAUGCCACACUCAUUCACGCUACUUUUUUCUUAAGACUGACCAGGCAUGAUCAGUAUUUUACCUCUGCUGCUCACCAGUAAUCACACAUCUCUAUUUAAUCUCUUUAUCAUCUGCAAUGACCAGCCAUUGGUAAUCAUUGACCAGACUCAUCUUUUUAUCUGUUAUUGACAUCAAGUACUUGCUCCUAACAAAAUGCCUGAAAACAAGCCACCCAGGUCCUUUUAAUCCAACUGGUCACUGCCUUGGAGAGGGCCGAGAAGGAUUAGAGAGUAACAAAACGAAAGAUCUCUGAGAAAGUUACUCAGCUUUUGCAACUACAAUUGGCACUGACGUUCUGUACUUACACAUUAUGCCAGAGACAUUAUUGAUGAAGUGAUGUGAUGGCUGUGAAACACUCACUUUAGUGAAUCAGCAGGACCAGUUCACAUCUAGUAACACUCAGCAUCGAAAUGUACUUUGUGGUCUCUGAUGAACUUUAUCUCAGUCUAAUCCUUCUGUCUUAUCCGAGGUGCCUGCAGACAUGUAGCAUGUAUGUGUUUUGUGGGGUGGGGCUGGGGGUGGGGGGGUUGUUUAGGGGACAAAAGUUGAAGUGUGAGACACUACAGGAGGACGUGCUUCAGGCCGAGACCCUGAAGCAGGAACCGGCUUUGUGAGUAGGCUGUCCUGCCUACGGGUUUGAUUUUUGAACAGUGAUUGGAGGUUGAACUGAUCCUCGGUCUGUAUUGUGGUCUCAUUAUGAGGUGGGAAAACAAAACAAUGUUUGUCAGCUUAUAGAAAGAGGAGGGGAGGGAGGUAUGAAAUGUACAUUGUUUUUUGUUUUGUUUUUUUUUGCGAGGGGGGGGGGGUUGUUUUUUGUACCUUGGCUUUAAUUUAUUAAAUAUAUCUAAGACUGCAACUCCUGACUCCUCUGUGUGUGGGUGCAGUUUUGUUCAUUAAAGACAAGCUGUUUGCAUAUCCUGCCGAUAUUUUUCCAUCAUCUUUGAAACAAGUACCAGAUUAAAAUAAAAUAAUGAAAAUAAAGGUA